AUGUCUAAAAUAGAGAGUAGCAGUCAAGUAAAGCAUUGGAGGAGCUUUUUGACGCACUAACACGAAAUCAUAGAGUAUGAUGCUACCUCAAACACAUUUAAUAACAAGCAUCUCAUCUUGGUAUAUGACUUUUUAAGACUUAGCCAGCAUGUGACAUUUGUUGAGGUUUAGAACUUAGUGAAGAAAUCAGAUAAUGACUUGAUCGAUCUUGAUAUAUUCCUAGAAGACGCUGAAAAGCUUAUUUUGAGAAAAACUGAUUCCAAAUUAAGUGAGGAUUAUCACCAUGUGAUGAAAGGUUUCCAGACGCCUGCUGACAAGAUAGUUCAAUCACUUGGCAAGCUAAGAUUGUUUCUACAAACAAAAACUAAGGAUUAAAAUUUAUUCAAGGAACUGAACUUUGCCAUUAACAACAUCAAUCAUAGGUCAAUCUAUAGAUCAAACUUUGAUGAGUAUUUAACCAAAGAGAUAUCCAAGGGAAACAGUGAGAUAAUUGACUGGCUAAACGAGUAUUCUGAAGCGCAGACUGAAUAGACUAAUAUUGGUGCCCUCAAAUUAUUAAAGCAAAACUCCUCGAUGAGUCCAAAUGGAAGAAAGUCUAAGGGUGACAUACCGUUUCUUAAGAGAUCUAUUACAAUAAGAUCUCUUCUUUCUGAGUAUGAACAGUAUGAGGAGUUUUUUGAAGACUCUCUAAAGCAAGAAUUUAAUCUCUUUAACUUCAGUGAUGCAGUUGGUAGAGAAAGGACAUUACCAUUACUGGCUAUAAAUAUGUUGAUAAAUCAUGGACUAGAGUCUCUUAUCAAUGAAUAAAAAUAUGCCUUAUUCUUAGGCUAAGUUUAUUCUGCUUACAGAAGAGAUGUCAGUUAUCAUAAUGAUCUACAUGGUAUUGAUGUGGCCUAGGUAGCUAAUUUGUUCUUGAAUGACGGAGACCUGAUUCAAAUAGCUGAGUUGGACAAUAUUGAUAUCCUUGCCUUCUUAACUGCCGGUCUAUGCCACGACUUAGGCCAUGAUGGAUUUACUAAUGGCUAUCAUUAGAACGCAAUAUCUGAUAGAGCUAUCAGGACAAAUGAUGUUUCAGUUCAAGAAAGUUAUCAUGUUGCAGAGGCUUUUGCAAUCAUUAAAAAACAAGAGUUCAAUUUCCUUGAAACACUUAAGCCAGAAGAAUUUAGAAUCCUUAGAAAGAGAAUGAUUGGCUGCAUAUUGGCAACAGAUAUGGCUAAGCAUUUCGCUGAUGUGAGCUAACUCAAAUCACUAGCUGAGUCAAAGCAGAUAAAAAACGGUUAGAAUUAAGGCAUGAUUAUAAAUAAAGAAAAUGAGGCUUCACUUUUCAAAAGUCAACAAUUUAUUAUGGAGUUAUGCUUACAUGCUUGUGACUUAUCUUAACAAGCAAGAAAUUUUGAAGUUUCCCAGAAGUGGUGUUAUCUAGUGUUCGAAGAGUUUUUCAAUCAAGGGGAUGUAGAGGUAGACCAAGGCCUACCAAUCUCUUUUUAUUGUAACCGAAAAACAACCAAGGUUCCUGAAACUCAACCUGGAUUUAUUAAUGGUAUAGUGCUACCUCUGUGGACGACUCUUGUUGAUAUUAUGCCUGGAAUGUCAGGAUUUAUUGAGAGAGCUAAGUCUAAUUCUAUUAAAUGGGCAGAAUAUGAGGAAAGUGAGGAAGAUAAAAAGAUUUACGGAGCUUGA